AUGGUCUAUCUUUCCAAGAUCGCAGUCGCAGCCGCCUGCUUUGCCAGUAGUGUUCUCGCUCACCCUGGCGAGCACCAUGACGCCCAUGUUGUCAGACGUGAGGUUGCGGCUCGAAACCAGAUGGCUUCGGCAGCCAAAAGAUCCAUCGACUCUUGCUCCGGCUCGCUUAAGCACCGAGAGGUAAAUGCUCGAUCAGUUGCCCGCAGAGCCAACAUCGCACGAGAGAUUCGCCAGAAGCGCAACAUCAAGUCCAUGCACGCAGAGCCAAAGAAGUACCGUCGUGAUCUUGCAACCUUGGAGGUUUACGAGGCAAUCAAUCACAAUGAGACUGCUCUUAAUUACUCAAUCGCCACGCCGGAAACCACCAUCUUCUCCGCCAACACCUCCUGCAUCCUGACACCCGAAGUCACGGACGGUCCAUACUACGUCACGGGCGAGUCGAUCCGCAAAAAUGUCACCGAAGGCCAAGCCGGUGUCCCGCUAUACCUCGAGAUACAAUAUCUCGAUAUCAACACCUGUCUACCCGUAGAGGAUGUCUAUGUCGACAUCUGGAACUGCAACUCGACCGGGGUAUACUCUGGCAUCGUCGCGACUGGCAAUGAGGACAGCUGGGACACGACGUUCCUGCGUGGUAUCCAAGUCAGUGAUUCCGACGGAGUAGCUUCCUUCGAGACCAUCUUCCCAGGUCACUACGAUGACCGUGCUACCCACACCCAUCUACUAUCGCAUUCAAACGUGACUGUACUGGCGAAUGGUACCAUCCAAGGUGGGGAAGUCUCGCACAUCGGACAGCUGUUCUGGAACGAGGAGCUCCGUAGCGCAGUCGAAGCCACUUACCCGUACAACACAAACACCCAAUCGGUCACCUCCAACGCUGAUGAUAUGUGGUCCAUCGUACAAGCUGAUAAUGAUUACGAUCCAUACCCAGAAUACCUGUAUCUUGGUGAUGAUAUCACUGAUGGUCUUCUUGCUUGGAUUCAAAUCGGUAUCAACGUCACUGCCGACCAGUCUAGUUCAUCUUAUUAUGCCGUUGCGGCUGUUCUCCAAGCAGAUGGUGGACACUCGACUGGAGAUAGCGUUGGAGGUGGCAAUGGUACUGCGCCUACGAACGCCACGGCUACGUCUUCUUAA